CGGUGAACGCAAUUCACAAUAUAUUUUUAAGGAUCUGCUAGAUAAAAAAUUCCUAUCCUGUAGACCAUUAUUUUUGAAUGAAAUGCAACUUGAUGGGUAUAACGAAGAACUACAACUAGCAUUUGAAUUCCAUAGUCAGCAACAUUAUAUUCUUAAUUCAAUGUUCCAUAGGAGAGGAUGUAUAGAUUUGAAUGAACAAAAAUCACAAGAUCAGAAGAAGCGAGAUAUAUGCAAGAAGCAAGGUAUAUAUCUUAUCAAAGUUCCCUAUACAGCUGAUCUCCUAUCCUAUAUCAAACAUACUCUAAUCGAAAAAGGGUUCUUGAAAGAGACAAAGAAUUAA